AUGCCGAAAGAUUGGCUUGCCGACGCCACGAACGAGGACCGGUCAUCUGCUCCCAGUAGCUACGAGUCUACAGCAGAUGCUGCCAAAAGCAAGCUUUCAACCCCCGUGGAAAUUGCUGAACCUGCAUCUUAUCGCUCACCGGCACGGUUCGGGAAGGACGUUGCAGUUGAGGUUUCGUCUAAGGGACGUACCAGCGAGGACUCGAGCGGAGAGGAUGAAGGCCCGGAGGACGCAGCACCGGCAAGAAGACCCGUCAGCAUGUUAUCUCCACCAUCUGUUCAAUCCACGCCUGUCUCCAGACAUGCGCCAGGUCGCGUGCAAGCUCCAUCGUGGCUGGUCAGCGAUACGGACACGUCCAGAUUGAAAGGUGAUGCUGGAGCAAAACUGCAAGCACCAACAUCGGCAGCGUCUUCACCGAGACCGACCGCGACCUCGCCGACCGCAGAAGCUCCUCCUUCUCCGCGUCCUGAAGGUCAAGAGGAGCGAGUGGCCGCAGCAGGUACAACGGCUGUGGCACGAGCGCCGGCGUGGGACGAAGAUGACGAGGAGCAGCGAGCCAUGCCUUUUGACAAGUCUGAGGGGACAUCACGCCUGAUCGAUGCGACGGCUGCAGCCAAGUCCACUGUCAGCGCUGCAGUUGGCAAGCUCAUAGACUUUGGGGGCAAUAGCAGGCACACCUCGGCCGAGUACCCUUCCACGAACCUUCCGACAACUACGAUCGACCACGGCAUCAGCCCGUACAGUCCAUCCGUCGCCAAAUUUGGUAAUCUCAGCAUCUCGGACAAUUCUAGCCAGGCAGCUGCCGUCACUGAAAAGGCCAGGGCUUCACCCGGCCCACUUCGCCAAUCUGAAGACAAUGGAAGCUCGCGAACCGACCAGAGUGCAAUCGAAGUCAAUGGCAACAGCGACGCGAAAAGCAAAAGCUCCGUCGAUGCGACACGGUCAGCAGCAAGGAAUGCCGAUCCAGACCCUAGCUCGGCCAGCAGCGAGGAUUUCAUUAAACGAUUCCCUGCCAUGGACGUCGAGACUGCUGAGCGUGAGAUACAUGCGAGAGCAUCACCGCUUCCUGCGCAGAGGAGUGACUCGCGACCUAUCAGUGAAGUGGUACCGAAAGCAAGUGCGCAGGCGACGGAAACUCGUGGAGAGAAAAGCCCCUUGACGGGCUCGAAAGCCUUGGCGUCCAGAACGCCCGAGCCGCGCAUCAUCAAGCCCCAGGCUCGUCCUGCGCCAAAGGUCACGCCUGGGUUCGUUAGGGAGCGACAAAAGUCCCUGACUGGAGGAUCGCAGCGUCCCGCUUCUGUGGACCUCGCGCCGCCCCUGCCACACACACGUGGCCCGCGGCUACCAGGCUUCGCAGGGCGGCAGGAGGAUGAGCAGCGUCUUCUGGCACCCGCGCCCGCGUCGAAAGCCCCCGUCAAGACUGGUCCUCUCAAGCCAUGGGAGCGAGAGGCAGUGGAGAGGGAGGCUGCUGACCGAUCGUCGGUUGUUCGAAAUCAAGCUGGCGCAUCUUCGGGCGCCUCUUCACCUGCCUCUCAUCUUGGCGAACCCGGUCAAUCAGACGCAGCUCCAGAAGCUUACAGCGGCGUCUCGAAGCUCGUCUCUCAGUGGCAACAAAACGCGAGCAGAGGAGCGCCUGGUUGGGGAAGGGUCGGCGCCCAUGCGGAUCCUAGAAGGGCAAACGAGGCGAAGCUCUUCCACGACGCCGCUCGUCACAUUGCUGCCCGUGAUGUCGAUGGCGCAACACCUAGCGAGGUCACAUCUCAUGAGAGAGGAGCGGUCACGGGUGGGAUUGCAAGAUCGGCUACUGUUGCAGAAGGCAUCGUUGGCAAUGCAAGUCGUCGAGCUGGAAGAGAUGUCUAG